AUGGCGUCGCGCACACGGCUGGCAGCCAACACGGCUUCCGGACUACUGCGAAGCUCAAGAUCGCUCGCAAUCUCAAGAACAUCACCACUCGCUGCUGCUUUGACAACAUCUUCGGUCCGCAGCUUCUCGCAGCUCAACUCGCAUGCCGCCACAGAUCCGACGAAUGUCUUCUCCUCCCUCGGCAACUCCAAGCCUGGGCUCCCCUCAUAUUUUUCGUCAGGCAAGCGUCUGCCUACAAAUACCGUUAUCCGGUUCGUGCCACAGCAAACAGCAUGGAUUGUAGAGCGCAUGGGAAAGUUCAACCGCAUACUGGAGCCCGGUCUUGCCAUCUUGAUACCCUUUAUUGACAGGAUAGCCUACGUGCGGAGUCUGAAGGAGAAUGCCAUCGAAAUCCCCAGCCAAAGUGCCAUCACAGCGGACAACGUCACACUAGAGCUAGAUGGUGUACUUUACACCAGAGUGUUUGACGCAUACAAGGCCAGUUAUGGUGUAGAAGACGCAGAAUACGCCAUCUCUCAACUGGCGCAAACCACGAUGCGCUCCGAAAUCGGUCAGCUCUCCCUCGACCACGUCCUCAAAGAGCGCGCCAACUUGAACGCCAAUAUAACGGCCGCGAUCAACGAGGCAGCACAAGACUGGGGCGUCACUUGCCUGCGAUACGAGAUCCGCGACAUCCAUGCACCCGAACCCGUCGUCGAAGCGAUGCACCGUCAAGUCACCGCCGAACGUUCAAAGCGAGCUGAGAUUCUGGAGUCAGAAGGUCAGAGGCAAUCUGCUAUCAACAUCGCCGAGGGAAAGAAGCAAUCAGUCAUUUUGGCUUCCGAGGCCUUGAGGGCGGAGCAGAUCAACUUGGCGAACGGAGAGGCCGAAGCCAUCUUGCUGAAGGCUACUGCCACUGCCAACGGAAUUGAUGCAGUUGCGCGAUCCAUCUCUCAGGGCGGGGGCGCAGCGCAGAACGCCAUCUCGCUUUCCGUUGCCGAGAAGUACGUGGACGCAUUUGGCAACCUGGCCAAGGAGGGCACAAGCAUUGUCGUCCCAGGCAAUGUUGGCGAUAUGAGCGGCAUGAUCGCAAGCGCCAUGGCUGUAUACGGCAAUGUAAAUGCUUCUCAAGCAAAGGCGCAAGCGUCGAAGAUGGUGGAAGGUGGAAGCAGCAAGAAGAUCCAAGAGCUCCAGAGCAAGUUGAAUGAUGCGGAGAGUGGAUCUAGCCAGAUGCACAACGAGAUCAACAGGGUCAUGGACGAGAGGCUGAACAAGAGGUAG